GCAGCGAGUUUUAGAUGUAACCGUUGGCUACUUGCUGACAUGGCGUCUUGAAGUGUAGUGUGGGAUUUCGAUCCUGGCAAGGAUUUCAUCCCUCUUCAAUGCCAACGCUACUGAAAUGCCCAGGUGUUCGGGUGAUGUACGGAAUUCCACCACCUGCUAGCAACCACCAUCGGUAGCCAUGACGUCAGCACUGCAAUCGCAGCGAUUCUGCCUUCGUUGGAACAACCACCAGUCAAAUCUUCUCUCCGUGUUUGAUCAACUAUUACAUGAUGAAUCGUUUGUGGAUGUUACGCUCGCAGUCGAAGGGCGUUUACUUCGCGCCCACAAAAUGGUGCUAUCAGCUUGCAGCCCCUAUUUUCAAGCCCUGUUUGUAGGACAUCCUGACAAGCACCCCAUAGUCAUACUGAAAGAUGUACCCUAUUGUGACAUGAGGAGUUUAUUAGACUUUAUGUAUAGGGGUGAAGUUAGUGUUGAUCAGGACCGCCUGACUGCAUUUCUAAAAGUUGCUGAAUCAUUACGGAUAAAGGGAUUAACGGAAGUGAAUGAAGAAAGAUGUGAUAUACCCUCCAUAACCUCUUCUCUGCUUUCAUCUGUUCCCCCACCUGUUGUGACUACACAUACACCACCACCGCCGCCACCACCACCGCCUCCUCCACCACCUCCACAUCUUCACCGAAUACAUCCUCCAACACCAACAGCACAGAAGCGUUCUGCAUCAGCAGCGACUGUAGCAAACCCGUUGUUAGGAUCAGCUCUUACAGCCCCUAAGAGAAAACGUGGCCGUCCAAGAAAACUGUCUGGCAGUAGUGGUGGCACACCGGCAAAUUUACCUGGUGACACUCCUCCUGUUGCUGUUAGAAAUCAAAGCCAGCCAUUGUUAGAUGGUAAUGGUGAAUUGGACCCACCUAUAAAGAUAGCUCAAGCUCCAGAUUCGAUAGUGCAGGGAUCUCCAGAACUGUUGGAAGUGAAUUUUCAACAUUCACCUGCAACAACAUCUGCUUCAUCAGUGCAAAGGCCAACCGAAGGAGAAAAUGGGCAUGGGCCUUCAAGUGCACCGUCUCCAGAGGAUGAGAAAUUAUCAUCAAAGGAUGGUCCUGUCCAGCAAGUUAAAGAAGAGCCUGAACCAACUCCAGGACCUUCAUCACAAGAUCCAGGCCAAGCAUUUACGCAGUCCAGUGAGGGAACAAGAGAUCCAACUGAAAGUUUUGCACUUGAUUCCAGCAUUGGGAGCAUUGAUGAGCAGCCAUCUGUUACCUUUGAACUCUGCAAAAAUAAUGCUGCCUUCCAUCACAGUGGUGGUCAUGUCUCAGUACGAGAAACCGAAGCCAUAUCCCAAGAAUUACAAAUAAGUUGUCUGGAAGAUACAUUACCUGAAGCAACAGCAGGAGUACAUUUUCUGAGCAGUGAAGGUGCCGAUGAAGAAAGCCAAGGAUGUAUUGUAGUUACAAGGUGUGACGAAACGGACACCGACGAACUGCUGUCCGAGGCAGCUGUUGCAGUAGCAGCUGGAGUGAGUUUUGGUAUUGGUGCAGGAGGUGGAGCUAUGCGUGGCAAACAUGAUCUGUUGGAGUAUCAGCCACAAGAUGAUGGGACUGUUGUCUGCAAGUGGUGUGGAGAAGUUCUGCCUUCACGUACCCAUUGGUAUAGGCAUAAGUAUAAGAUGCAUGUCCCCACCACUGUCCCAUCACCAGCGAAUCUCUUGAAGUGCCACCGCUGCAAUGUGUUCUUCAAGUCACGCAGGGGCUAUGCAGGUCAUUUGGCUGCUAGACAUUCUGAAGAGGAGAAUGCUUCAGGAGGAGGAACAGAAGGAGUUACAGAAUGUAGUGAUAGUGGUGAUGGCAGUGGCAGUGGUGCUGGUGGCAGUGGCGGUGGCGGAGGCGGCGGCAGCGGCAGCACUGGCAAUGCAGGGAUGACAAGUCGCAGGAAAGGCAGUAAGUCUGAAAUAGAUGUGCCCUGGGCAGCUGACUACAAGAAACAAAGAGAACGUGAGGAGAAGCUGGUGGCUGAUAUCAUAGAUAGGGUGCGUAGGGAAUGCGAAGCUCAGGGUGCAACUGUAACGAGGCGUGGUUAUUCACGUCGCACUACUGUCAUGAAUUCCUGAGAAACAAGAUUUGAGUUAAUAUUUGGUGAAUAAUUGCUAUGUGAUGAGCUGUAGAUGACUCCCUUUCAUUUUAGUUUUUUGUCGCUCCAGACAUUGUAUAAUCCCCAUUGAGCUGUACCAGUAUAACAUCUUUGACUUAACAAGUCAGUGGUUAUAAAACUGAGCACUUACUUGUACUCCACAUAUUUUACUUGUUGGAACUUAUGAUAACUGUGAAGAUUUGUUUUAUUGUGUGUGUUUUUGUCAUCUCGUGCAACUGUUUUUAAUUUAAAGUUGUGUGAAGUUUAUAUAAAAUGUGUUAAUUACUACUUUUAUGCAAUGAAGAAGGAACUAGCUUUUCUUUGCUGCUGCAUGGUGUCUAUUCCAUUGUUAAUUUGUUUUAUGUAGUGCAACAACUAUUGCCUGUGGCAAAGAAUGUUGUUUUUACAUGUGUAGUUCAAAGUUUUUUGAAUUUCAAGUACCUUUUUAUGAUUACUGAGUAUAUUGUAAGUUCUACCUACAAAUAUUUUUCUUGACUAAGGAACUUAAGUUAUGUGUAGUGAUAUCAUUGCUCAUAACCAUUCCCACAGUCACUUUCACCAUCAUCACCAUGUUCAUUAUUUUAUAGCUGUAUAGUAUGUCUGCAUUAAUAGUACCACCUAACGAAAUAUGCCUCAAGAUACAUAUGUACUUUGUCAGAAAUACUUCUCCUACCCCACUUACAAAUUGUAUGUGUGUACAGAGAUUGCCCCUCCCUCCCUCCCUCCCUCUCCCUCCCUCCCUCCCUCCCCCUCCCCGAAUUUUGUGUGUGUGUGUGUGUAUGUGUGUGUGUGUGUGUGUGUGUGUGUGUGUGUGUGUGUCUGGACCGUGGGGGGCUGCCUAUUACUGUUGUCCAAGGUCUACUACAUGCUGUGUGGAAGGUAGUUGCUUUCCUGGUAUUUCAAGAGCUGUUCUUUCAUGAAGUGUUUGUUUUCUUGUCUCCCAUUUUACUUUAGCACAUAUAUAACAGAAUGAGUGGUUCACUGUGCAACGAAGUGUGCAGAGGGUCUCAGUGUGUCAAAUGAUUUUAAUAACUUGAGUUUUCCAUAGUUUCAUAUCUCGCUGUGUGUGGAAAACAAAACUCGCAAUCAUUUUACAGCUGUUCCUUUAAUCAGCUCAGUUUCAUCUGUCAAUCCCAUCCAGACUGAAAAGCAGCAGUCCAGUUUAGAUAAGAUGAAUAUUUAUUAAGCAGCCAGCUUCAAAAGUCAGUUACUCUCUUAAGAAUUUGUCCCAUUUUACUGCAUUUCACCCAUUCAUUUUACUGCAGAGCAUAUUAUUGAUAGUGACAAUCAUGCACUUUAAGAAUCCUUUUGAGGCCUGACAACUAUCAGUAUUCUUUCCCAGGUUUAUGUGAACAAACCUAGUGGAUUCCAUUAUGUUAACAGCAAAUCGAAAAAAAAAUUAUUGGUAUAUCAACGGAAAAAAUUAUUGAUAUAUCGACAGAAAAAAAUAUUGAUUCACCGGCCAAAAAAAAUAUCUCAUGCAUAUUGUAAAUAUACUCCCAGUUUUUGCUUAUCCCCUUAGAGCAAGCACUGAAAGAAGAAGUGUGCAUGUUCACGCUUCGCAAUAACCAUUUUGCUAACAAUGGUAACUGCACACUAAAAGGUGUCUAAUGGAUCCAUCAUGCGAUUUUGACACAUAUAGAAUUAAUCUAGAACACUUCACGUCAACUUCCCUGGUUUCUUUUUUGCUCCUUCUUCUUCAUCUCCCCCCCCCCCCCCCCCCCCAUUUCUGCAAAUGCCAGUGACGUAGCAGUUGUAGCGUCAAAAUUGUGUGUUCAAGUUAAAUGUUGCAGUUUCUUUUGGUAGCACUGAAUGCCAAUUACAUCCGCAUUUCCCCUCACAUGUCUCUGCAAACCACAAAGACCAAUCUUGUUAUUUAGAUUUUUGUUCAUCAGUUUCAGCAACUGUUUUUGAAGAAUGCCAAUGUGAAGAAAUAGCACACUAGUUGCAUUAAAAAUUAUUAUUUUAUUGCAGCUGGUGUGCUGUUUCUUCAUAUCAAAUAUCCUGUUAUUCCAUUCACACUAAAACCCAGUGCAAUCAGACUACUACUUUGUGCCAUGUAUAUGUGCUUCAUGCAUUCAAAGAGAGAGACUGAACACGAUGAAAGGUAAAAAAGUAGUAAGACUCCUUCAGACAGUGAAAGUAAAAUUAUGUUCUACUACAAUUGCAAAAAGUGCAAGAUUCAUGUUAGUACUGUAAAUUCAAUAUGGAAUAAUAUAAUGCAACAUUUGUGACUAGAGGUGUGAAUUCAAUCCUCCUUGUGUAAGUAGCAUAACAAAGUGGAUUGUGACAUAUAAGGACACACUCUGGAUUAACAUCAGUCAGUCUCUUUCAGGGGUUAUCCAACCAGUCUUGCUGAAAAAUUACUUCAUUCUUCAAUGAAAGACAUGUUUACACUCACAUCUGCAGCAGAAAUGUGCUAAACUUGCUACAAAUGUUGAGCACUGCCUUGCAAAAAUCUUUCAUGAACUGUACAAAUUUUGAAAGGGAUUCUAGUAUUUCUGGGAGAUAGGCUAUUGUGGAGGGACUGAUUUUCCUGUGACCACAGCAGAAUCAAUAAACAGAAAUGACAUAUUUCUGGUGACUCUUAAUUUUCAGUCAGUUCCACUGAAUUCUGGUUUGUUUAGCAGUACAGGAGACAGGGCAGUAAGCAUGAGGUUAUUGAGUUAUCUUCUAUACCCAUGUGACAGAACGCCAUUGUAUCUGUCUAUCAAAUUAAACACAUUUCAUAGCAACAGCAAAAGAAUAAUGUACAUACAUUGGCAUGUUUAAGUUUUUUUUUUAACAAAUUCAAAACUAUAUACUGUUUAUGCAAGCUUAAACAGAGACUCAUGAAGAAGCAAUGAGGGAAAUCUUCCAUGUAGGCAGUAAAUGUGAAAUGAUGGAAAUAAUUUUCGAAAAUUAUGCCAGAAAAUACUGAAGAAUGUAAUGAAAUAAAAGAACUUGUAAAUUUCUCACAGAGAGCACAUGCUUUUACCAGCAUAAAUGUUUCUCUGUGCUGUAAAAGUACAGUAAAUAAGCAAGAGACAAAAAAGAAUGUUGGUGACUAUUUCAUAUGACAACAUGUGGAGCUGAAACAUGUCUACUCUUAUCAGUAAUUAUUUCUAUGGGCAUGCCUGAGUGCAGGAAAAAAAGAACUAAACAAACGGAAAUCUGACAAGAAAUAAGAGGAAACUGUGGUAAAGACUAUAUUUUCACUAUGAGUCUCCUCGUUUAUACUCUAAUAGUUUGAAGCUGUUGGCAGGGCUGUUGAUAAAAGUUUCAGGCAGAUUAAAACUGUUGACUCGGCUAGGACUCAAAGCCUAAGUGUUCAGUUAUGCAGGUAUCAAUUAUACUACCAACUGUGUGUACCAGGCACUACUUUUGAUACACACUUACAGCUCGAAUUUUGUUUUACCCCUAUUCCACUUUCCAAACUUCACAGAAACUUAAGCAUACAUAACGGAGGUAGUAUUCAUGGAAAGAAGGAUAUUGCAGAGAAAUAGCUUCGCUAUAUCGUAGAGGUCAUUUUUACAAUAAUGCUUUCACUCCAAAGGGAAAUGAAAGGCAAAUUGUGUGAAUAGUUCAUUUGGGAAGAAAAUUUCCCCUAAAAGACAAGAGUCAGGGUUAAUGUCUGGGUUCAACAUGAUUUUAAUCUUUUACAAAGUUUCAGUUUCCAGUUCAGUUGAUGAUAAGCUUGUUAUGAAGCUUAUGAGGUGACAAGUGUAUUCUCAAGCUCAAUACUGUUUUCCUUAAAAACACUUCCAAUGAAAUGAAAUAAUUGUAUGACAUUAUUGGCCUGGAUACCUCAUCUAGUGUUGUUUGGCCACCUGGUACAAGUCCUUUGGUUUGAUGCAACUUUGGUGGUUUACACAUCUUUGUGAUGAAGACAGAAUGGAAUGAUUAGAACAACAACUACACCCAGCCCCAUGUGACAAAAAUCUCUGGACCUGCUGAGAAUUGAAUCUGGGAUCCUGCGAUGUAUACACAGCAAUGCUAACGCCUAAGCCAUGAGCUUCAAACAGUACAUCCAAUAUUGAUAACCAAUGGCAUUUAGCUGGUACAGCUCGCAUAGAUUGAUAUUAUUCUUGUGACAGAAUUUUUCUAUAGUACAUUAAUGACUACCAUCAAUAGGUUAUUUCUACUCAAUACAAUUUGUUGUAGGUCAGAUUAUUGCAUUUCAAUUUAAUGAACCUGUCAGCUGUAUUGUUGUACUUGAGACUUCUGAACACAUCUUUCCUAAGAUUAGUGUUUUCCAGGGAGGUUAACCCAUGGGGUAAAAGAAGGGAUUGGUUGAUACGGCAUUUCCUGAGGCAUUAAGAAAUUAUCAAUUUGGUAUUGGCAAGAAGUUUAUGUGUGGGGGUGGGGGGACAGGGGUUUAAAAAUUGUAGAGUGCCCAAGGCUUGACUUCAGUAUGCAGCUUCAGGUGGAUGUAGGGUGCAGUAGUUAUGCAAAGAUGAAGAGACUUGCCCAGAAUAGACUAGUGUGGAGAGCUGCAUAAACUAGUCUUCAGACCGACGACAACAACAACAACUUGUACCAUGUCAAAAACUUUGUUUCUUAACUGGAGUCAUCAUUUCUUGUGAUACUUGAUCAGAUUUUGCAGUUUUUGUUAUUUUUGCAAAACUGAUGUACUAAACAUAUCAGUUCUUUUACCUACUUUGUACAAUAAUUUUUACGUUUAUGCCUGCUAAUAAUUUUUGUCAAUGGGAUUAUAGUAGAUAGUCAUAUACAAUUAAUGGAGUUUUUUUCUGAGAGAUAUUUACAUGACAAAACUUGGGAAGUAGCUAUUUAUGAUAAGAACUGUUUUGUUAUAGGCAGAAUGGAAGAGAGCUUCAUGUAAUCGUUACAGAUACCUGAAUGAGAAAUAAAACAUGUUCCGUAAAAUAUAGUGGUACUUGAAUUUAAAUGAACAUGGGUUCGAAUUAAUGUUCAAACAUCCAGACUUUUGUUCUGUUCUCUAUCCGCUCGUCUCUUCCCCUCUUUUUUAAUAUACCUAAACCACUUAAAAUGACUGGCGGCAUGGUUUCUUUUGAGAUCAUUUGGUUGUUUUGACCUUUGUAAACCUUGAACAGGUGCUCCAUCUCUAUUGAGCAUAGUGUUGAUGACAUUAAACACAUCAAAGAAAGAAACAGUUAGAAAGAGAGGAGUAGAAGAUAAAGAAGUGAAUAAGGAAAAGAUAAAUGUAACAGGGGAGAAAAUUUAAAGGGAAAUGAGAAAAUUGGAAACAUCUAUGAAUCAGCUUAUUUUAGUAAUGAAAAAAAUAGAAUAAUGGUAAUUUUUGGCCCUUAAUUUCCAAUAGAACUAUUACAGUAUGAAGUUUGAAAUCUUUAACCCUUCCUGCCCAAUGGAACUUAAAAGCCCCUUCCUCUUUCUAGUCUCAUAAAAAUAGAACAAAUUUGAAUUCAUACAUCAGGAGAUCUCUGUCCUUCUGGUGUAGCACAGGAAAUUCUUUGGCUGUGAUUGUUCAAGUCAGACUUUUGUACUCCUCCGUUAUUCAUUAUGGCAUGCACACACACACACACACACACACACACACACACACACAGAGAGAGAGAGAGAGAGAGAGAGAGAAUUUAUAAAAGAACUUAGGUCAGUAAAUAACAGUUAACUAAUGUUAUUGUUGCAGCUUUUCAUUUAGCAGCCGGAUAUUGUAGCUUACUGAAACUUAUUUGCAUGUAAAUGUUCCAUACAUUAUCAUAUGUACAGGUAUUUGUAAAUUUUUGAUUGUUUAUGAAGUACUGUUGUUAUAUAUCAAAAAUGGAAGGUAGUGCAUAACGGGUAACUGUUGACACUAAUUCUGUUUGCUAGAAAAAUUAUCACAUACAUUGAUUUACCUUGGCUUUCAGGCAGAUUUCCACACCUGUCACUGAGCAGUGUGGCACAGUGAACAUACUGUAAUCACAUGUGGGAGAAUGGUAGUUCAAAUUCCCAUGUAUCCAGCUUUUAAGCUUUCUGUGGUUUCCGUAAAUUUCUGAAUGCAAGUCCUGGGAUGGUUCUUUUGAAUAGGACACAGCCGGCCUCCUUCCCCAAUCUGAGCUCGUGCUCCAUCUCUAUUGACCUUGUUGCUGAAUAGACGUUAAACCCAAAUCUUCUUUCCAUUCCCACAUCCAAGGCGGCUACAAGCUGUUUACCAAUUUCUGUAUUAGGUACACAAGAUGUAAACUGUUAAAAUUUGGAACCACUAGGAACAUAACGUGCAAAAGUUUCACAGAUGUUAAUUAUGUCAAGUUUCCUGGAUAGCUGACAUAAUAUGUAGUUUGGCAGGAAAGGUCUUUCGCCACAGAAGAAUCUGUCAAGCCCAUACUCAGCAAAUUCCUGUGUUACACAAACCCUCAGAACUGAGAACAUUGGCAGAAAAGAGAGAAUAUGAUUUUACUAUCAGUUAUUGUUUUUUUUUUUUUUUUCUAUUUUUCUCCAUAUGUUUUGUGUAAAUUAAGUGGUGCAGAGGGCAGCACAUGAAGUGCAGAAUUGUACAGUUCCUUAAUGUAGAAGCUACUAUUGAUCACAACUCUGCCUUGCAGUAACCAAAUAUGAUGAAUCUGUUGACUUAAGAAUAUUCAUCUUGGCUCUGUACUACUUGAACAUUAUGAAAAUAUAGGGCAAAAAUCACCUUUUUAAAAAAAAAAUCUUUUUCAUCUCUCAAGAGAUAAUAAUUUGUGGGAACAGUGACUGGUCAUGCAGUAAUUAUGUAGCCACAUAGUGCUCCUGCUUGAGGAAGACACAAUAGGACCUAAAAUUCUGAGUGAAUUUCUGAAUUACUUUAUGACCAAGUCUUUUCCUACACCCGUUUGUCAGACAAAGGAAUGAUUGGUUCUGAAAUAAAAUAAAUUUUUAUCUAUCUGUGUAUGCAUUGUAAUGCUGCCCUUUUUAUUGUUACAUUUUGCAGAUAAUAUUUCCUUUACAUUGAUCAGUGGUUUAACAAGUCAUAUUGAACUGCCUAACAUGACCACCUUAACAGCAGCUGUUAAUAUAUUUGAAGGGCCAUAUGAAAGUGAGUUGUAGUCCAAAAUUUGCUAAAAGGAAAUAAAGAAUUAUAGCAGAUUGUGAAGGUUUCUGUCAUGGAAUCAGGAAGAUGUCAAAGGCUGCGGCAAAGAGGGUGAGGAAAUUGUUGUUACCAGUGUUGCAGUUACUUUUGUAAAAUGUUACAUUUUCCAAAACAUUAUUCUUAAAGUAUUAUAUUUAUCUCUGGAAUGUAAGUAGUCAUUUACAGCUCAUUACAGAGAGAUUCAGAUUUUUAAUGUGUUUGUUCAUGUAUUUGCUCACUUUUAAGAAAUAGCUUACCAAUUACUGUAAUUUGUGAAUGUCAAUCUAAUUACAAUAUGAAGUGACUUUCAAGUAUGAGGUCCACAAUUAGUAAUUUAAUUAUGUAUUUACAACUAAAUUCUUGUGAUAAAUGUGAAACACUUUUUGAAUAUAAUUAUAAUUUUUGAGCUUUCAAAAAUAAGUGAAAAAUAUAAGAGUGAAUAAUUGAAAUUCAUUUUUCUGUGAUUUUGAAUUUCAUAUAAUUUUGUGACUAAGAAAUUUUUAAAAUCUGAAACAACCUUUGUGUACAUUUAACUUUAAAUUAUUUUCAGUGAAUAGCUUCCAACUUUCUUGAGAUAUAUAUAUAUAUAUAUAUAUGUGCCAAUCAAAGGAAUUUGCGGUUUAAAAUAAAACAUGUUUUGCAAUGAUUUAGGGGGAGGGGAUAGUUUAUUGUUUUGAUCUGAGAUAUAUCUUCCAAGAAUUUAUAGUUGAAUAGAUAGUUUGUCUACCUUCCAUUCCAAAGGAAACAAGAUAAUUAAAUUCAUUUUGUGUUCUGAAAUUGUUAAUCAAAAGUGGAGCAUGAUUAGCUUUUGCUGCAAAAAGUCAAUUUUCUUAGAAUUUUACUAAAAACCCACACUUACAUCAAUGUAGAGGAUAAAUUACGUUUGAACUUAAUUCGACUGCUACUUUCCUGCCAUACAAAACAUGUCACACCUAUUGGUCAUAUUUUACUUAUUUUUUUCUUGCUGCUUUAUAAAUAUUUAUUUAAUCUUUCAUUUGGAUUUAUGUUGUCUGGUGCUUGCUAUGAAAUUUUAAGUAGGCCGACUCACACACGCAGAUCAUUUGUGCUACUGUGAUGCCCAAGUCAUUUAUAAACUAUUUUAAGAAUUUUUGAUUAUUUUAAUGUUCAAGUAGUGCCUGAAAAGUGAUAUGACUUUUAGUAAUUCAGCUGGAGAACAAAAGCAUGGGCUAUCAAGUAGAACAGCAAGAAAAGGGAAACAUGAAAAAAUCUUUCAUCACAUUUUAAAACAUAUUUACCUUUUCUUUGGUAACUAAAACACUUCUUAUGAAGCUGACUUCAUCUGUCCUUGCUUGCAUACAUUUGCAUUGCUCACCAUUUAACCAACUACAUUUUGUGGAUGUUUUUGUCACUAAACAGAAAGCAAAAAUGAAAUGUGUAUGGAGAUGGAAAGGAACUUAAGUUCUCCUUACACUGUCUAUUUCCUUAAAUAGUGUUGUUGAUUACCACAGAUGUUUUUCAACAAAGAUGGCAGUUCAGCAUAUCUUUAAGGCAGUAAGUUAUAUCAUGUUGCUUCUAUUCUUGAGCUAACUCACUGUCUACUAGUAAACUGAUUAUCACUGCACAUCGCUUUUGAACUGAUAGUUAUGUAUUUUUUGUAACAAUUUUUGUUAAUGAACAUUAUAGUGUGUGUUUUCAGUAAAUGAAUUGUUUUAAUUUUUUUCAUAAUUUAUAAAAUGUUAAGACUGAUGCUGUGCUUUCAUAAGUAAUUCUGAAAUCUGUAUACUACAGUUCUGUUCAUGUGGAUUUGAUUGUAUCUUAGUCAUAACCACUAAAAGUAUUGCCAAUCUGAGACUUACUUAAUGAUAUGCAUGGAAUUUCAGGAAUUAUAUAGAAUUAGGAUCAUUAUUACUAAUGACAGUUAUGGUCUCAGGAAUAACAAUUUACCAUUCCAGAACAUUACUAAUUUUUCCAAGACGUCUGUUAGUUACAACAUUGUUUUGUACUUUGUACGACUAUAUGGUUUAUUGAGCCACAGAAUUAGUUUGGUAAGGGAUUUGGUAAUUGAUGUAGUAAGAUUAUUCUGUCUUUUUAUAAAUGAACUUUGCUUCAGAUGUAAUGUAAAUGUUCUCUUUUCACACUGUAAUGUUUCCUUCCAGAAAUAAAAUUAUUUCAUGUAAGUGCUGAAUAUAUUGAGACAUAUAAAAUUCUUAUGUAUGGUGAAUAUUGAUAUAAAUGUUCUUUAUUGCCUGAAAUAUGGUAUUUUAUGAUUCCUAAAACUUAUAAAGUAUUAAAUAAAAGAAAAUAUUGCCAUUAUA